UUACUAGGAAUUCUUAAACAUCUAAAUCUAUCUAUAUAAAAGACAUAGAAACAGAUCAUCAUGAGUCAGUGUAUUGUACCCAAAUGGAAUUUAACCCAACAACAACAACAACUAAGACAAGACCAAGAUCAAAUACUUGAAGGAGAAGAUCAAGAAGGCCAAAAUCAUCAUCUUCACAAUCUCACUCAUUUUGUCUCCAUGUCAAAAGAUGAAGAUAUUGCAGAGCUAACAUGGGAAAAUGGGCAUUUAUCAAUGAAUGGUUUUAGUGGACUUCUUCCUCCUCCUCCGACAAAACCAACAUGGGCAAGAGCAGGUGAAACGCUGGAGUCUAUUGUUCAUCAAGCAACAAUAAUGCCCCAAAAACAAAACCAAGAUCAACAAUUUAGCCAAUUUCUUGAUCAGGGUCCAGCAACUAUGAUAUCUCAGGCUCUUCCUACUGCCGGAAAAUGGUUUAAAAACUCCGGUAAUGAACGGAUGGCAGUUUCUGGGCCUGCCGGAAAACGUACUAGACAUGUUGGGGUGGCUGCUUCUGAGGAGAUUGGCGCAGGUGCAAGUGCAAGUGCAACAUUUUGUAGGGAGAAUGACAAUAAUACACUUAUGACUUGGGGAGCUUCUUUUGAAUCUCCAAGAAGCUUGAAUUUCAUUUCUAGAAGAACAUCAAAGACUAUUGAUGAGGAUUCAACUAAUUGCCUUGGUGAUUCGGUAAAUAGGGAAGAGAUCGAGGAAUAUUACGAAGAACGAGAAACUAAAGAUGAAAUCAGCGGUCGAUCUCACUCGAUAAAUCGAAGAAGUCGAGCUGCUGCAGUGCAUAAUCUUUCAGAAAGGAAGCGUAGAGAUAGGAUCAACCAGAAGAUGAAAGCUUUACAAAAGUUGGUCCCAAACGCUAGUAAGACCGAUAAAGCAUCGAUGUUAGAUGAAGUGAUAGACUACCUAAAGCAACUCCAAGGACAAGUUCACAUGAUGAACGCGGUUAGAAACAACAUGAACAACAUGUCCCAAAUGAUGAUGACACCCAUGGGAAUGCAACAACAAAUGCAAAUGUCUCUUCUAGCCCGGAUGGGAAUGGGAGGAGUUGGACUUGGAAUGGGGAUGGGGAUGGGAAUGGGGGGCAUGAUGGACAUUAACACCAUGGCAGCCGCGGCCGCUGCUGCUUCUUCAAGACCCCUUCAACAUUCCACACCCAAUAAUAUGCAUCCUCAUGCUUCUCUCUUGCCCUCUAUGAUCCCAAUGCCGAACCAGGCUCAAACCGGAGCGCUUGACCAUUCUCAAGCAACACGGGGUUCUUCUACAAUUCCCUUCAACGAUCCAUAUGCAUCAUUUCUAGCCCAGUCUAUGAAUAUGGACCUAUACAACAAGAUGGCGACACUGUAUCGAGAACAAGUUAAUCAAGGAAUAAAGCAGCAAAAUAUGGGUUCUUCUUCUCCGUCAAGUCAUGUCCAAAGGGAAUAAUGAUCUAAUUGCAUGUCCCUUGAACUCAUACUAUAGGACUUUUCAAUUCUUUUGAACCAUUAAAUGAAUGUGUUUAAUAAUAACAGUCAAUAUUGCAAUUGUAGAUUAAUUUGUAUGUUUAGUAAGAGUAAUUUUGUUUAAUAUACAGUUGUCGAAAUCAUUUGAUAAGCAUAUUUUAGUAAAUUUGUAAGUGUUGAACGAGUUUUAAUGAAAAAAUGUCAAUUUUUCCUUUUACAAUUAGCUAAAAAUAUUGUUUUGG